UAUUCGUAACAGCUCACAUUACGUCGUGUCCGGUUAGCGAGAAUGCGGUUUAUUGCAACACUAUCGCGCAAGAGUAGCAUAAUAACUUUGCAAGUCAAGUAUGCCUCACAUAAUAGAUGACGAGACGACCACGACGCUGUGGCAAUUCCUACUCGAGCUGCUACUCAGUAAGCGCAACGACAAGAUCAUACGCUGGACGAACGAGAACGACGGCGAAUUCAAGCUCGUGCAGCCGGAGGAGGUGGCGAGGCGGUGGGGCGUUCGCAAGGGCAAGGACAACAUGAACUACGACAAGCUGAGUCGAGCGCUGCGCUACUACUACGACAAGAACAUCAUCAAGAAGGUGCUCGGAAGCAAGUUCAUGUAUCGAUUCGUUUCCUUCCCGAAGGUCGUCAAGACGGAGACGAAGAUUCCCUUUCGCGUCAAGAUGGAGAGUCUGCUGAAGGCCAGAGGUGGCGCCGACCCGCGGAGAUUCGACACCAGCGCCGCCGCUGCGCCGCUCCGCGUUCCCUCGCCCCCGCAGACGACGGCCCUCAGCUACCGCGGCAAACUGCACUCUGUUACGUUCCCAGACCGACAGCAGCAGCAGCAGUACCAGAAGCAGCAGCAGCAGCAGUACCAGAAGCAGCAGCAGCAGCAUCAGACGGAAGAGAUACCGACAGACGCGCUGCGUUUCGACUCGCGGUUUCACGCAAGCGAAAAGGGACCCACCACCACAUCUAAAAACAACUGCAUUUGGUCGUCCAGCAGCACAGCCGGCGGUACGGGGAGUCCCGACUCCGGUGUUUACCCCAGAUGCGCCAUUCUAGAUGCUUCCAACAAAGUCCUCCCUUCGAGUCACAGAAUCUCCGCAUCGUCGGGGAAGAGGACGUCCGAUGGCGAAGAAGAAGGGUACGGCAGCGGAGCGAGCGGGACUUCGGAGAGAUGCGGGAGCGCACAGGACACGUGGCCCGUCGUCGGCGACGACGGCUCAGAGAGAUGCAGGAGCUACGGCGUCGGCGAUAGAUGUCGCGCAGCACCGUGCAGUUGUCCCGUCACACGUAGCGACGACGACGACGACCACCGCGCCUCCAGCGCAGACGACAACGCAAUGCGCAGCCGAUCCAGAAGUCCUCUCCGAUCCGGUCCGGGUCUCCCCCGGAUCUCGCGUCCGGAGAGCGCCCCCGUCGGCCACGCGACAGGGUUUCCGUCGCGUCCGACAUCCGACGUCGUCGUCACGGGUCAGCUCGCCGACGCCGCGUCGCUGGGUUUCUCCACGAGCCGACAGAGCGACGUCCUCGCGCUGCGAUUCUGGGACGACGUCAUGGCGACGUCGUCGGGCGGUCCGAGUCCGCCGUCGGCGACGUCGGCGACGUCGGCCGUGCGUCCGCGGCCCGGUCCGCUCGACCUCUGGCCCGUCAGCAGCAGCAGCAUGGCGGUGGUGUCGAGUCCACGCACGAUGGCGGCCGGGUUUGCGAUGCAGACACCUCUGCUGACGGUCGCCACGCCGAGUCCGUUCUUCUCGUGCGCGACGCCCUUCUUUAGCUCGCUUACGUGUCUGGCGUCGCCCGGCCUCGCGGCAGUCAUGAGCCCCAUUACGAGCUCCCCGCUCGCCUUCCAGUUCCCCGCCACCGUCGCCGGGCUGUCCGGAUACGGAUCCGCCGCGAGCGCCCCCUAUCAGAGCUACGUCGACAUGCGACCGCGUGCCUGCGGCGUGUUCUCACCGGUGCCUCUAUCCCCCGCCCUGACCCCCGUACCUCCACUAUGAUGACGUGUGUAAUUAAUGUAUGUAGGGUGGAGGGAGGGCGGUGCCUCUCUCCCCCGCCCUGACCCCCGUACCUCCACUAUGAUGGAGGGAGGAGAUGGUGCGGCUCACGUCUGUGAACGCGUGGCAAAGUAACACUGAUCUCUAUAUCUCGAUAUAAGCAUACUGGAGGGAUAAGCUAUAUAGAGUGUAUAUUAGAGACAUAAUAUACUAUAAUAUUGAUAUAGUUUAUUUUGUAUCUAGAUCAAUAUAGUAAGCGGCAUUUAGAAUUUCGUCGGCACGUGAAAUGCAAUAGAGGGAAAUUGUCACAGUGCGUUUACACUUACUGAUGACGAGGCAUUUUGUAUUUUACUCUUUACAACGUAUUAAUGUGUUUGUUUAAAGAUUUUUUAUAAUAAUCAACGCAGCAGCAGAGAUGAUGUCAUGGCUCGAAUGUCAGUAUUCAAUUCGUGCUUUUUUUAUACUACCAAAGACGAAUACGUGCCCGCGAACGUGUGCGCUGCGUGUAAAUAAAACAUACAUUUUAUUCGAUA